AUUCACACACAUUCAGACUUGAAAGUUGGGUUUUGGGGAAGAAGAAAGGCGGGGUUUUGCUAAUUUUGUUUUUUUUAGGGUUUCCCUUUAUCUGACUAGUUUGAGUAAGGAGCAAAAUGAUGUCAAAGGGUUGUGAGGUUGAGGUGUGUUCUGAAGAGGAAGGUUUUGUAGGCGCCUGGUUCCGAGCAGUCUUAGAGGAGAACCCUACCAAAUCUGGACGGAAGAAGCUCUGUAUCCGCUACAUAACUUUGCUAAGCGACGACGGUUCCUCUCCCCUCACCGAAAUGGUCGAGCAGAGACUCAUUCGGUCGAUCCCGCCGGAAGAUCUACAGAACAGCGUCGUUUUGGAGGAAGGAACGGUGGUCGACGCAGAUCAUAAAGAUGGGUGGUGGACGGGUUUUAUCUUAAAGAAGAAAUCAGAAGGUGACAAGUUUUUGGUUUACUUCGAUUCACCACCGGACAUUAUCGAGUUCGAGAGAAACCAGUUGCGGGCUCAUCUUCACUGGACCGGUUGGAAAUGGAUCGUACCGGAAACUAAGAAAUUGGAUAAGUCCAUGUUUUGCUCCGGAGCAAUGGUGGAAGUCAGUCCUGUCAAAGAUGAAAUGGAAGGUGGGUGGUACCCGGCAAUCAUGGUUACAGAGGUCGAAGAGGAUGAUGAGAAGAAGUUCAUUGUCAAGGACAUUAAUCAGCAGUUGAGCUGCAAUGGCGGUGAGGCAACACCAACCACGACUGUUGAUGCGCACCGUCUUAGGCCCACACCGCCUCCUUCUUCGGCUGGAGAAUAUCGGUUGUUGCAAUGGGUAGAGGCAUUGCAUCGCUCUGGGUGGUUCCAAGGGUCGGUGAGGAAAAUUCUCUCUGGGAAACGUUACUCAGUUAAUUUAGCGGCUACAAAGGAGGAAUGUGUAUUUAAUCACGCUGAGCUUAGGCCUUUGAUGGUGUGGGACUGGGCAAAUCGGGUUUGGCGUAACGCACCAAAGCAAGGAUCCGUGAAGGAGACUCCUUCCAGCAUCCUAAACAAGAAUCCAAUUCGCACUUGUUCUGGUGCUAAGCCACUCACUAAAGCUAAAACUGCAACACCAUUGAAACAACGUAUUGUAGCAAAAGAUUCUGUAACCCCGUCUUCGGUCAUAACUGCAGCACCAUUGAAACAAACAGAGGCCAAAACUGUAGGGAAUAUAUCCCCAUUGAAGUCACCUGAGCCAAUGAUGAAUCUGAAUGAAUCUGGAAAUGAUUCAACUCCACAUAAGAUCCCUGAGGAGGAGAAUAGCGAAGCUACGAGUAGAAAAAGGAAAAGAGAACAAGAACAACACUCGAACCUGAAUGAAGAAACUGAUGGGACUAGCAACGGUUCAAAAGCUGAGAUCAAUGAAUCAAGUAAAAAAAUCUGCAACGAUGGUGAAGUUGUUGAUCAGCCUCUCUCUGUUUCGAUAGGAAACUUAUCCACUGAGCUAUCCUGUAAUCAGAGCUUGGACCUGGUGAAUAGCUCUGCUGCUGCUGCUUGUGUUGAGGAGUCACCGGCCAAAGACACUCUAAUGGAUUUGCCUUUUGCAAAGAAGUCUCCAUACUGGAAGAGGUGUGAAUUAACAGACGGUUUCAAAUCGAAACCACAACGACCUCACUUCAGCCCUUUGCUUGAGGUUAAAGACGAUAUCCGUGAGUGGUCAGCAGUUGGCAUGAUGGUGACCUUUUACGGCUUACUAGACGAAGCUAAAGAUCUGAAACUCGAUGAUCCCACGAGCAAGCUCAACGACCUCAGUGUUUCCUUUGCCGAUCUAGAGAAGCAUGGUUUCGACGUUGUAUCUCCUCAGUUACUAAUCAGCAGAUUGUUGCAUCUCAAAGAUUUGCGAGCUAGGAACGCGGAGGAACGAAAAUGUUUUGAGGAAGACAUCGAAGAUGAAGAGAGUGGACGUCGCGAAUUAGAAGAAAUGAGGGCUGAGUUGGCACGCAAAAUUUGUGAGCUGAAGAGACAAGAAGCAGAUGCGAAAGAGAAGAAGGAAGCCGCUGAGAAAAAGAUAGCUGACAUGAAGUCACGUGUGGAAAUGCUUAGCCAAGAAAAUGAAGCUGUGGAGCUUGAGUUUCAAAAAGCCAUAUCGGCUCCAUGGUAAUAAGUUAUAACCUCUCCCUGUUUUGGUCAAUGAAACAAGUAGAACUGCCCUUUUGUCUGAGAUUGUUGGCUCUUAUGCUUCUGUUUUAAGCUUAACUUAUGACCGUGUUGACGAAGAUGAUGAAGUUUAUAAGUAACUUACUGGUUUUUGGUCUCAGUGACCAAUUCAGCUUUACCACGUCAAUUUUUUUCCUUCUUUCUAAACUCGUAAGGACACAAUCCAAGAAUAUUUUUUUUUCUUUAAAUAAAGUAGGAUUCAAG